UGGUGUUUUUGUUUGAACACACCCAGUUUUCACUUUCAACCCUAGACACCGUGGAUUUAAUGAAUUAAUUGUAUUAAUUGCAGCAGUGUGGAUCACUUUUAAUUCGCUUGCCCAAGAAGUACAGUCACAGUGCAAUGAAUCAGUAUAGGAGUGAGAAGCAGCUCGCGUAUCUGUAUCCGCUUAUCGCGACGUUAUCGUUCAUAUGCUGCAUAUCAACGACGGUGGCAUGGCAGCAUUGGCGAUAUGUGCUGGAUACCUGUAUCGAGCGAAACUGCGGCUGCAUUCUGCACGGGCGAUCGACGGCCACCUACUUCACCGGAGGUCACGUAGCGUACUGCCACUGGGCGGCCUAUGGACUGGUUCUGCCCAUAAUAUUCUGCUUCAUAUUUGGAAUUUUCCAUGUGUCGCGGGUCUGUUUCAGUCGCCGUAGACGUUACCCUGGAACAGCAACCGUCCGGCAAAAAUCUGGAGACGUUAUUAUCAUGACCACCAACAGCGAAGUUGAGGAAGAGGAUAUUAAUCCUUACUACUGGAUUCCAGCAAGCGUUAUUGGCAGCUUGAUGGCGGUGCUGACGCUGGUGCAUGCAGCGAUGUAUUUGGACGGGUUUUUAGCUACCUGCAAGCAACAGCGGUACGAGCUCAUCAAGUACAUGCAGGCAAACGGCAGCCUGGUACCAAUCAUACAAAGUCGUAUUUCCUGCUCGUCAGUGUUUGAUUUUAUGGACUUUUUGCAUCUGGACGUCUCGUACGAUAGACGCCGCGAAGGAAGAAUUAAUACCGCUGCAGCAUUGAUUAUCGGAGUCACUUGCUCGUGGAUCUGCAUUGCACUGUGGGUUUGGACGGUAGUUAUAAACGUUCAACGCGCACGUGCCAGUCAAAGACUACGUGUUUGAGAGGAGAACACAGAGACGACUAAAGAAAACAAUUCCGUUCCAUUUUUAAUAGCCUUACAUUUUAAUGUUCCCAGCCAGCCAUGUGCCUUUUGUAAAUUGGGCAGCUACAAACGGUAGUAUUAAUAUUGGGCAGCUACAAACGAUAGUAUUAGAUUAUGCAUCACAUGUAGCUUAGUUCUACAUCACAAACCAAUGCACAAAAUACAUUCCAUUUACUUUUAAAUAAAAUUUUACCUCGUUGAUACGUCCAAUCUGCUCAAAUGAAAUGAACUUUACGCAUAUUUACGUGCGUACGUAAAUAUCUAUGCAUUUCAUUUUAGGAGUUAAUAAAUACUUUUAUCGAGCGUCACGAUUAGUUAUUAAAAUUGAAUAAAAAUACCCCUAGGGGCCUUGAU